CCACUCCCUCCAUCCUUUCUCUUCACACCGAGCCGCCCACCCUCCGACCUGUCCUGCCUGGUAUGCUUGGCUUGUGUAUAUAUAGCCAGUCUCACUCACUAUCCACACAUCCUCAGCCGAUUUUCAUACCGACAACAUGAAGCUGUUCUUGCUUGCCCUUUUGGUCGCUGUGGUCGCCGCCGCCCCUCGCCCCGACAAGGACGCUGUAACCCUGGUCGACGAGCGCCACGACAACGGCGACGGCAACUUCAACUUUAAGUUCGAAACCUCCAACGGGAUCAACGAGGAGCGAGUUGGCACCCCUGGCUCUGAGGGCCAGAGCAACAUGCAAGGCUCCAUCAGAUUCACUUUCCCUGACGGCACGCCCGCUUACAUCGUCUACGUUGCUGACGAGAAUGGCUACAGACCAGAGUCUGAUCUGUUGCCCAAGGCCCACCCACUUCCGCCCCACGCCAUAGAGCAGAUCCGCAUCGCAGAGGAACAGCGAGCCCAAGGCAUCACCUUCGAGAAAUAAGCCCAGGGAUUAACUUAAGAGGUUGAUCUCAGUGGUGUAUCUAAGAGGUUGGCCCCAGAGACUGACCCCAGAGGUUGACCCCAGAGGUUGAUCUCUAAGGUUGGCGUCAGAGGUUGACUCAGAGAUUUAACCUAAGAGGUUCACCUAGUGGUUGACCUCAGAGAUUAUCCUCGAAGGUUGACCUUUGAGGUCGAUCUUAGAUAUUGGCCUCAGAGCUUGACCUUUAGAGGCUGACCUCAGAGGCUGGCCUCAGAGCUUGAUCUCAGAGCUCGACCUAUAAAGGUUGAACUCAGAGCUUGACCUCGAAGUAUGACCUUUAGAGGUUGGCCUCUGAGCCCGGCCUGCUCCUCUGCUACACCUCUUGUUACUGAAGUUCCUCCACACAAGCAGCUCUCUCCCUGGUUGUGUCAUGCGCCACACCAUGACACAACUAUGGACACAGUUCACUGUUAUUGCAUGUAUCUUAAAUAAACGUUUAGUUUUAGA